AUGGACCUCCUAGACUUCUGGAGCCUGGGCUGGGCCGAGGUUUAUCCAUUGCUGCCUCGGCCGUUUCACGCAUUUCAUGAUUACAAUAUCAACAUCUCACCAGACAUAUCAGUAUCACUCCAAAAAUGUCCUCUUUUACAAGCAGACGUCUACGUCGCACCGCCCAUUCCCUGGUCCAAGCCCGACGGACGCAAAGGCGGGCCCUGGUCCCCUAUUUCCUGCACGCUCAUCCACGGCCGGUCCGAGGCAGUGCUCGUGGACACGCCUAUCACCACCACACAGACACAGCAACUGAUCGACUGGGUCAAAACACGCAUCCCAACUAAGAAACUGAUAACCAUAUACAUUACCCACGGGCACGGCGACCACUUCUUUGGGAUUCCCCUGCUGCUGCAGGCGUUUCCCGGGGUGCAGGCCGUAGCCACAGUCGCGACAGUGGCUCACAUGAAGGAGCAACUCGAUCCAAAGACCUUCAGGCGGUGGACAACCCAAUUCCCAAACCAGAUUUACACUCCCCAAACACUCGCGCAGCCUUUACCAGUGGGUAAUACUAUACUGUUGGAAUCACAUAUUAUCCAAGCCAUCGAAGUCGGUCAGGCCGACACACACGACUCAACUGUGUUGUGGGUGCCCACACUGAAACUGGCCGUAUGCGGCGACGUUGUCUACGGCGACGUGCACCAGAUGCUCGGCGAGGUUAAUACGCGAGAGAAGCGCGCACAGUGGAUCGCCAGCGUGCGUAAGGUCGAGGCAUUGGAGCCUGCCCUCGUUGUCCCGGGCCACAAACAACCACAUGAGAUGGAUGGCCCAUUUCAUCUAGCAGCCACGCGCAGAUAUAUUGAAGUAUUUGAGGAGCUGUUGGAUUCGGGGAUUACCGAUCCGCGGGCUUUGUCUGCCGCGAUGCUAGAGCGGUAUCCUACUCGGUUCAACCCGGGGGCUCUUGUUAUGGGGUGUAUUGCUGCAUGUCAGAAUUUGGGCUCUAACUUGUAG